UCGUCAAAUCGCGGCGCAUUGUGGGGCGGAGGCGGCCUUUCUCUGCGUCCGUCCGAAGCUAUCGGGAAAACCUGCAACUAAAUAACGGGGGGAGGAACGCAGUCUGGAGAAAGAGAACCCAGGGCACCCUACAUUGUGUGGCACGGUUUAUUUUUUAAAAACACAACUGUAAUAUUGGAGGAAAAUGGGGCAGGAAGACCUAAUGAACAAAGCCGAAGACGUGGCAGACCAGUUUCUGCGGGUGACCAAACAGUACCUGCCCCACCUGGCACGUCUGUGUCUCAUCAGCACGUUCCUGGAAGACGGGAUCCGCAUGUGGUUCCAGUGGAACGAGCAGAGAGACUACAUCGAGGCCACCUGGAACUGUGGCUACUUUCUGGCUACGUGUUUUGUGCUGCUUAACCUCGUGGGACAGCUUGGUGGUUGUGUCCUCAUUCUCAGUAGAAAUUUUGUACAGUAUGCCUGCUUUGGAUUAUUUGGUAUCAUAGCAUUACAGACUGUUGCAUACAGCAUUUUAUGGGACCUCAAGUUUUUGAUGAGAAACCUGGCCCUGGGAGGCGGUCUGCUCCUGCUGCUGGCGGAAUCGCGUUCGGAGGGGAAGAGCAUGUUUGCUGGCGUCCCCUCCAUGGGAGAGAGUUCGCCGAAGCAGUACAUGCAGCUGGGCGGCCGAGUGCUGCUGGUCCUCAUGUUCAUGACUCUGUUGCACUUUGACUCCAACUUCUUCUCUAUCCUGCAGAACAUGGUGGGGACAGCUUUAAUCAUCCUGGUAGCCAUAGGCUUCAAAACCAAGCUAGCGGCCCUCACCCUCGUAGUGUGGCUCUUUGCCAUCAACGUGUACUUCAACGCUUUCUGGACCAUCCCCGCCUACAAGCCCAUGCACGACUUCCUCAAGUACGACUUCUUCCAGACCACCUCGGUCAUCGGUGGCCUGCUGCUGGUGGUGGCGCUCGGCCCCGGUGGUGUGUCCAUGGACGAGAAGAAGAAAGAGUGGUAGGGAGAGCGAGAGAAUCAUGCAGCACAUCGGACCGCCCCUGCCACCAUGGGACACAGAGACCUUCCCUCUUUGGCUGUUCUGCCCACAGGAUACACAGCUUGCUGUGGGGGGGAAAACACCUCAACUAUCAGUGGACAAUUUAUUUCUUUGUUUCUGGUUUUUGUUUUUUUUUUGUCCCAACUGCUAAAAUAUUUUGGUUAAUAAAAAAACUGACUUUUUAUUUUCAACACUUCAGCCUUCAAUGUGUGUAAGAAUAAAAAUGCCCGUUUAAUUUAAAGUGCAGCAAAAAACAAAACAAAAAAAAACAGUAAAAUAAAUGUUUGUUCUAUGUUUAGAGAAAUAAAAACAAUUCAUUGUAUUUUGCAGGUGUUAUGUCAUAAAUGAUCAUAAAUCAAUAUUGAUAUUUUUUUGAAUAAAUGGGCAGAUUAGACAUGGUCCAGCAAUUUGGCUCCUUCAUUGAUGCCAAUUUUUGUUUGUUUAUUUAAGAACGGCGAUUAGGAUAUGAAAGACUCUUUAAGUCUCUCAUAUCUGGCUUUUUUUUUUUCUUCCAAUUUACAGAACUAUAGUGGUUUUUACAUUUGUGCACAUUCAGUCUCUUCUGACUGCCAGCUGUUUGUGUGGAGAGGGUAAAGUGUGCAUCAUAUGCUAAGUGGUGGAUUUGUUGGAAAACCUCACAGUUAUCAAUCCCAAGACUUAGCGGUCACUUCACCGUUUGUCUUUGACAAAAUGCCUAACUAGUGAACUGUGUAUGUCUUUACAAAAUGAAUUAUAACGGCGGAGAGGGCGACUCGACGUUUGUGAAACAUCAUAUUCUAAAUGUAGAGCAGAGGAAGACUGAGCUCAGUCACUAGCCACAGACUGUCUUUGCUCAGUGUUUCUUACCAUGUGGAAAUUUUUUUAAAAAGUAUUCAGUGUAUUGAUUUUCAGAAGUUUAUAUUGUAUUUUUUUUUCUUUUUGAUUUUGGAAGCUCAUGGUGAAAAAAAAUAAAUAUUCAAAGUAUAAAAACCA